AUGGUACUCCACGGGCAGGGGAUGACGAUAAGUCCAGCUGAUGACGGCUCGGGCACCCCAAUCGAUAGGGAUCCAUUCGCGAGGAUACCCCAACUCGAGCCAGUCUCUCGGCCUCGCCCCGUGCCCAGGGGGACAGUAGAUAUUCGGGAAGGGACCUUCAACGACCGUAGUCGGGUGGGAAGAGCCUGGUUCGCCCACGGGUUUAUUCCAGCGUUCUUCAAGGUGCUGUCCCUUGGUUCGAUUGAGGACCGAGCCAUGUUAGCCAACGUAAUGAAGACACCGGCGCAACAAAGAAAGCAAUGUGUUUACACAUUGCUCUCCAUGGCAGUCUCUUCCGAGUUGGGCGACCUUGAUGGUAUCGCCCCAGAUGUCGGCGAUGCCAGCCAGCAACUCCCACCCAGUACUGAUUAUGGGGUUGACCCCAGUAUGCCAAUGGACAUCGACAUCGCUAGCCCCUCAGAGGUGACUUAUAGCGAUAGCGCAGUCGUAGAUGAGAGUACAAUUCAUCAGCGAUCAGCACCUCCAGAUUUGACACAACGACGUGAGAGGCAAGCGAGCGAGGAUAACGAUGGCGAAGAGCGCACACACUACAGCGGUGGCGGCGGGCAUGAGGUCACGGCCACACACCCCGUCGGGUACUGUCCCGCCGCUGGAGGCGUUCAUGGGAGAGAGGCCUCCCUAACUGCACACGGAUACGCACCGGACAAAUCCCCGCGGCCGCCCACGAAAUACGCCAGCACGACGGACCUUUACAACGGACUCGCCGCCGAAAGCGAGUUAGAUAUGAUGAGAAAAGAGAUCCCCAGUCUGCGUAUACAGCUGGAGAAGCAAGAUGAAUGCUUGAAGGAUCACAAGACACAGCACCCCCGAACUCCUAAUAUGCUGGUAUGA